AUGGCUACGCACAACAGCAACCAGGCUUGCUGCAGUAUCCCUCCUGCCAGGUCGGACUACUCUCCCAAGGGAUCGACUGAAAAGAUCGGCGGUCUGGAUGCCUACGCGAUUGGGCCUAAGGAUGCUAAGAACGCGAUUGUGGUAGUGUACGAUAUCUUUGGCUUCCACAAUGCCACCAAACAGGGUGCUGACCUGCUUGCCGAGUCGACCAAGUCGCGCGUUGUUAUGCCCGACUUUUUCCGCGGCAAGCCUUUCCCGCAGGACAACUUCCCGCCCAACACGGACGAGAAGAAGGCUGCCUUGCAGUCGUUCUUCGGAGCCGCCGGUGACUUCAAGGCGCGCAAGCCGGAGCUCGAUGCCAUUGCCGACGAGCUCAAGAAGGACGGAGCGGCCAAGAUCGGUCUUGUCGGUUUCUGCUGGGGAGGAAAGCUGAGUGUGCUCGCCGGUGGUGAGGGUACCAAAUUCACCGCAGUUGCCCAGGUUCACCCCGCCAUGGUCGACGCUGCCGAUGCCGAGAAGUUGACCGUUCCCAUUGCAAAUUUCCCGUCCAAGGACGAGCCCCAGAAGGACGUGGAUGCUUUCGAGGCCGCAGUGCAAAAGAAGCCGUUCGCCAAGGACAGCGUCUACAAGCACUACACAGAGAGCCACCACGGUUGGGCUGCUGCCAGGGCCGAUCUCACCGACGAGGCUAACUUGAGCAACUUCCAGGACGUCUAUCAGCGACUGGCGAACUUCUUCAACAAGACCCUUGCUUAA